AUGGCAGCCCCACACCACAGCCAGCAGCUACAGCCGGCGGCACCGCAACAGGCCGGAAUAGCUGGAGCUGCCGACGGCAAGCCGCUCCAAUGCAGCCCACAGCACCAGUCAAACCCCUCGCAGUACAUCUCCGUCAGCCCGCUCUUCCUCCAAUUCGACGGCCCGAAGGAGGCGACCGCCGAGCUGACCAUCAAAGCCCUGGCCCCGUACAACUACCGGUUGGCCUGGCGCGUGCUCGUUACGUCGCCGACGCGCUACCUCGUGUCCCCGUCCACCGGCUUCUUGAUGCCCAACCAACAGGUCAAGGUGACGGUGACGUUGCCCGACGUCAAGAAGUACCACAAACGGCACCGCUUCCUCGUGCAGGCCAUCGUUUGCCCCGAUGCGCUCAACAACCGCAGGGAGGUGUGGAAAGAGAUUGGCGACGGCGUCGGCCGAAUCACGGAAAUUCAGUGCAUCAGGGUCGCUACGCACCGUGGCGGACUUCCGGCCACCUCCCCGUCGACCCCCACCGGCGAGCAGGCGCCGAUCACCGACGGCCGCUCGACGCCGACCACUUCACAGACGGGCGUCGUCCAGGAUGAACCACUGGUGACGCACAUGGCACCGCCCGAUCCGGUGGUCGACGAGGCGUUGAACCACGAGGUGAACCUGUUCGUCGACCGCAUCACUGAGGCUCUUGGCAAAAAGCAAGAUGCAGCCUGCCGAAUGCAGCGCUCCGUCAACGAGAUCAAGCUGCUUGAGGUAGAGCUCGAUCGUCUGUCCGCCGCCCAGAUCAGCCUCAACGUCCACAUCAAGGCCACCGUCCAGGACACUGCGGGAAUGGCCCUCCUUCGCGGCAUCCACCACGAGUCAUCU